AUGUUAGCAUAAAGCUAACAAUUAUAGUAGUCUGAUCAAAAACCAAAGCUGAGCUCAUCGAUAGGUAUCACAACCUUUCCUCAUAAAUUCACCAUACUAUCCAUAUUAUUAAUUGUGAUUGCAUUUAAAUUUUAGAGUACAGUUCCCUAAAACCUCCGAGACAUCCUUAAUCUGAUUAAAUAGAUCAAAGUAGAAUAUAAAAAUAAUUGGGCCAAAAAAGAUACAAGAAUGAAGAAUAAGAGGCAAAGCAAAAUGGAAAGGUGUCUUUGCCUUCCUUGCCAGGAAUAAAGAAACAAGAAAUCUCUAAUUAUGAGCCUUAAGUUGGUAAACAUAGCAAACUAUGGAAAUGGUCUUAGAAUACUAAAUAGAUUGCCCAAGUUAGAUGCAAAGAGUGAAGUUCCAAAAUAAAAACAUAGUUCCAAUGGUCCUUAAGCAAGAAGUCCAAAGCAAUUGGAUGAAGAGACUCCAAAGCCUCACUAUUCUUCAGUAACACCUGAAAGGAGGCAACAAUUUAGUCCUGAAAGAUAAGUCUUAAACAAAAGAAGAUUGAUGGCAAAAACAUGGUAAGGUGGACUGUUUGCUUCAAAGACCAAAGCUGGGUGUCUACCAAAUAAAACAUUGAAAACCAAUUAGGAUGCUGCCAUCCUAUUUCCCAACAAUUUAGAGCAUUACAAUUGUUCCUUAAUUGCAGUAUGUGAUGGACAUGGCACAAAUGGACAUUUAGUUUCAAACUUAAUUAAAUAAAUAUUACCCAAAUAUAUAGAACAAUAAUUUCAAUAGUUAGGAAGAGAUAUAGAAAGAUGUUUAACUGUAGCUUUUGAGAAAACCAAUAAAGAAAUAAAUGAAAGUGAGUUCGAUACAACCUUAUCUGGAUCUACAGCUGUCUCAGUUCUAAUAAGAAAAGAGUAAUUGUGGACUGCCAAUGUCGGUGACAGUAGAGCAAUUUUAUGUAGAAAUUAAGAUGGAUGGAAAGCAAUUUAAUUGACAAGAGAUCAUAAACCAUCUGAUGAAUAAGAGAAGUAAAGAAUUAUUGAAGCUGGAGGUAGAAUUGAUAGUUAAAGAGAUUUUUAUGGUAAUCAACUAGGACCAGAAAGAGUUUGGUUAUAAUACAUAGAUGCUCCUGGAUUAGCCAUGACAAGAAGCAUGGGUGACAAAUUAGGAGCAUAGGCUGGUGUUAUUAGUGUUCCUGAAAUACUUGAAUAUACAAUCACUCCUUAAGAUCAAUUUAUAAUAGUCGCCUCUGAUGGGGUUUGGGAAUAUCUUACUAAUGAGGAAGUGAUGAAUGUUGUGGUUCCAUAUAUUGAAAAGGAUAAUAUCGAUUUAGCUGCUGAUAAACUUAUGGCUGAGGCUAUCAAUUCCUGGAAAAAACAUAGCUUAGCUCGGGAUGACAUAACUUGCAUUGUUGUUUAAUUGAAAAAUUAAGCGUGA